ACUAUAUGGAAAUUUGCAAGGAAGGAGAAGCCUAGGACGCGAAACGGGCUUGCUUGGGUCUGGCCAACUGAAUUACGAAGCUGCCCUUUCAGUCUAAUGAUAACCUAUAGAAAAGUUUAUAUCGUAGAGUAGGGAAACGCAAGAGUUGAUGUGAUUAGGGAUAGAUAUAAACAUCGAUAUAGCAGGUUUUUGUGUGCUUGAUAUCGUCGAGAAACGAAACAUAUCCGGCCCAAUUCGGCGAGCAUUAAAUGCAAGAUCUUGUAGAGAUUUUGGCAUAUACAUACACCUCUACAUCGUCGUCUUUUGUACUUAUCUCCGUUUAUAAAACCGAAGCACUUAACCGGCUGCUGAGCUCACAAACAUCAUCGUCUUCCACCUUUUAACAGAGAGAAAAAUCAAGAGAGAGAAAACUUCCAUUCGAGGCAGAAACAAAGAUGAGUCAGCUUGUGCGUCUAUGGCGUGGGGAUUGGAAGAAGCAGCCCAACGGAGACUGGAUUUUCUUUGAGGACCCAUCUGACUUCGGUUUCGGUGCAUUGAUCGGCGAGGGUGAAACUUUUGAGUCACUGAUGACUAUCGUUCGUAUGCGAUACCAACUGGCGAACACAACCCCUGUUGUCUUAAGCUACCAGCUUCCUGACCAUAUGCUGGUCCAAGCGGGGAGGAGGUCGCCACCGAUAACUCUAUCUACCACCGCAGACGUUGGCGUCAUGUUGACUGUCCGUGAUUGGUACGCGGAGCAAACUGUGAAUGUCACCAUCGGACCACAAAACGUCGCUAUGUAUCAUUUUCAUCGUCGUGACAACUUUGUUGUCCGCGGCAGGACCUUUGUCGUUGAUGGAAGCUCUAACGAAGAGGGGAGAAAUGCGUUCGAAGGUCUCAUGAAUGAAAGGAUUAUCGUUUGUAGUGUGAGUGUUUUGGAAGAGAUCUUUAGCGAAGAGGACAUGGUCAUCUUGCACCGUGUUGCUCUAGAGCUGAACUCUCCCAGUUACACUCGUGGUCGUCGUGCCCCUCCCCCAUCUCCGACUACCAACGGCGGUUCUACUCGAAUGGAACUUGUACUGCUGGAUGAUGACGACGAGGUGAUGGCUACUACACAAGUGAGUAAUGGAGGCCACAGUGGACUAAUCGUUGCAAACUCGGGUGAAAUGACUAUUGUUCCUGUUACGGAACAACAGCUGGAACUCCCUCUCAGCCAGCCACCCACAGCCUUUGGCGACGUCGGUCUUGAUCUCAUGGUUACAUCCCAAAACGGAAACCCCGAGAUUGACUGUGAAGGGUUCCAUGACAACUUCAUGUGGGAAAGACUCUUGGAAGAAGGAUUGCUUCAAACUGUUCAAGGAUUGCUUCAAACUGUUCAUGUGGGAAAGACUCUUGGAAGAAGGAUCACCGCACAGCCCAACGAGCCCAACGAGCCCAACCAGGAGUCUCCCAAGUCUGUUCUCCGUGUGCUUAAUGGGCCUGAAGCCCAUGAUGGUGGAAACUCUUCUACUGGAUCGUCCGUCGGUGUGACAUCACUUGUGCCUGAAACCGUCCUCACCCCAGUUACUGGGACCACUUGCGGUUCAAUCUCUAGCGUCGGAACUCAGCCGGUCGGACUAAUGAGCAGUGGCAAUGCUUUACUUGCGGAGUUUGACAAGUACAUUGAGGCAAGAUCGACAAUGGCGAUGCUCUCUCCUGUUGGGCCUGGGCUUCCAGCUUCCGCAGCUUCUGCAUCGUUUGCUUCAGGCUCAAAGAGUGUUGGAUCUCCAACACUUAAGUUAACCUUGGGCCGUCCCAACCAAGCAGGCCCACCGAAGAAGGACCGUGCACCGGAGGAUUCUUCGCCGGAGGACAGCGGCAGUGGGGGUUCGUUCUAA